AUGAUCAACAAGCCCACUCCCACGCUCCUUGAGCAGCUCGAGAACUCUGGCGUCGGUGUCGACGUCGAUGCUGGAGACCCCGAAGUCGCCAAGUCUCUCCCCUUCAAGCCUCAUGACAUGACCUCGAACCAGAUUCUGGUCCAUGAGCGAAUCAUCGCGCCAGAGAACAAGGAGCUCGUUGAGAAGACCAUCAAGGAAAUGAAGGGUGCAGACUGGAAAGACAUCCACAUUGUCUUGACCGCCAGAUUCCACGCCAUGGUCAUUCCCCAUAUCCAAGGUCGAGUCCUCGCUCAAGUCUCUACUUCCAACGCGUACAACAAGCAGGCGAUCAUUGAGCACGCUCGAAAGUACCGAGAUGCUUACAAUGCAGAGGGCGUAUCCAACGACCGAUUCUGUAUCAAGAUCCCCACCACGACGGCUGGAGUACAAGCAGCUGCUGAGCUGUACAAAGAAGGCAUACGCACGCUUGGAACGUCACUCUUCUCCUUGCAUCAGGCUCUGGCAGCUGCUCAAGGAAUGAUGCUGUCCAUCUCGCCAUACUUUAACGAAGUCCGAGCCCACGUUGAGCAAGACUUGUGGCCCGAUGUCGAAGACCCCGCGACUCAGCAUCCAUUCUCCGCUCGAAUGAUCCAUAUCCGAGAUGCGUAUGCAAAGCUCAGAGCUGAGGGCAAACAUGUCCCUCUCAACAAGGCGGCCUCUUGCGUGACGGCCCGAGAGUGCAUGGCGAUGAAAGAGCUCGGCGCCGAUCAAUUGACAAUCCUCAUCGGAUCUCUUACCGAUCUCCUGACAUUUGACCGACUCCCCGUUUUUGUCAAGGGCAACGAAUGGCAGAAACGGUACAAGGACAUCAUCAACAAGCCCAACAUCCAAUGGGCCAACUGGCAGGCUCCUGAACCCACCGUGUCGAAGAAACGCAUGGCCGAAUUGUCUCAUGUAGACCCUCUCAGUAAAGUCAUGAGCAAGGAUCUCAAGCUGGCCGAUCCUGAUGUGGACUAUCUCGCGGACGGAGUCCUGGACAAGAUGAAUGAGGAGGACGAAGUCACUCGAUUGAGGUUGAAAGAUGCCUUGGUCUUGUUUGACGGGGCGGAGAAUGAUUCGAAAAAGGAGAUACAGAGACUACAGGCUUUGUACAACAACUAG